AUGGCUAUCGAUCCAUUCAGAGGACAGAUCGCGGAGCUCUUCAACCAGCCUAGACUGUCGGACUUCAAGGUGCGAUGUGGUGAAUGGGAACGGCAUCUACACAAGCUCGUCGUUUGCCUGCAGUCCAAGUAUUUCGAGCGCGCACUAGAGAGCGGCUUCAAGGAAGCGCACGAACAGGUUGUUGAACUACACGAAGAGGACCCAAACCUCGUCCAUUUGAUGUUGAAGUGGCUCUACACCCGAAAGUACAAUAUCGUCGAUAUGGCGGCCUGCCAGUUGCCAAGCUUGAGGAUCUACGCCCAGUCCUUCGCACCCGCCGAGAAGUACUUUAUCACUGGUCUCAAAGAUUUCGCGGUCACGAAAACCAGACAACUCUACCAGUCUGAUUCUGGCAUCAAUGGCCAAUUUACGGGUAUGUUGGUCGAUUCGAUACCUGUAGUCUACGCCAUGCUUCCCAGUACAAACUCAGCCAUGCGAGAAGCAAUUGUGGACGUCGUCUUUGCAUGCAAGACCACGCUAUUCGAUGCCAACAACACCAACUCCUCCACCUUCAGGAAGGUGCUGAGAGACCCUAAGCUCACGGGAUUUGCGGCAGACGUGGCUGAAAGGUUUGCGAGAGCUUCUUGA